AUGCUCUGGGCAAUGGACCCGCAGGUGACCGUCCAUGGCGACUGGGUGUCAGCCGUGGUGCCGCUGAUGAAGCUGCUGUGCCUGACGGUCAUCGGCCUGCUCCUCGCCAACCCGCGGGUCCAGGUCGUGCCCAGGGCCACCUUCAAGCUGCUGAGCAAGCUCGUCUUCGCGCUCUUCCUCCCCUGCCUCAUCUUCGUCCACCUCGGCAAGUCGGUCACCAUAGACAACGUCCUGCACUGGUGGUUCAUCCCUGUCAACGUGCUCAUCAGCACUGCCAUUGGGUGCGUUCUUGGGUACAUCGUGGCCCUGAUCUGCCGCCCGCCGCCGCACCUGUUCCGGUUCACAGUGAUCAUGACCGGGUUUGGCAACACGGGGAACAUCCCAAUUGCGAUCAUCGGGUCGGUCUGCCACACCAAUGAUCAUCCCUUCGGUCCUGAAUGUGACACCAUGGGUAUCGCUUAUGUCUCGUUCGCGCAGUGGGCUGCGGUUAUUCUUGUGUACACCUUGGUCUACCACAUGAUGGAGCCACCGAUGCAGUUCUAUGAGAUUGUUGGGGAGGGGAAUGAGAUACAGGAAGAACCCGAGCAGAUCAGCAACUACAGUAGGUCUCUUCUUCAUGAGGCGGAGUGGCCAGGGAUGGUUGACAAAGAAACUGAGCAUUCAAAGACACCAUUCAUUGCAAGAGUUUUCAUGAGCAUUUCAGGUUCCUCACAGAAUACGUUUCCUGAUAUUGAUUUCACUGAAGAAGGAACUUCUGGUGCUGGACCUAGCAGUCCUAAGUCGCUCAGAUGUUUGGCAGAGCCAAGAGUGGUCAGGAGGAUCAGGGUUGUAGCUGAGAAGACUCCAAUUCAGCAUGUCCUUCAGCCCCCGACAAUCGCCUCUUUACUUGCCAUUAUCAUUGGCAUGGUUCCUGUCUUGAAAGAUUUUGUGUUUGGGGCUGAUGCACCGCUCUCAUUCUUCACCGACAGUUUGGAAAUCCUAGCUGCUGCAGUGGUUCCAUCAGUGAUGUUAAUUCUAGGAGGCAUGCUUGCGGAAGGCCCAAAAGAUAAUGCCUUGGGCAUGAGGACUAUCAUCGGUAUAAUUGUGGCCAGGCUUUUGGUUCUCCCAUGCAUUGGCAUUGGUGUUGUGACCCUAGCAGACAAGUUGCAUCUACUCGUCGAGCAAAACCAUAUGUACCGCUUUGUGCUUUCCCUCCAGUACUCCACGCCAAGUGCUAUCCUGCUUGGAGCAAUCGCUGGUCUCAGAGGCUAUGGUGUUAAGGAAGCAUCCGCCCUUCUAUUCUGGCAGCAUAUUUGUGCAGUGUUCUCUCUUUCCCUCUACCUGAUUGUAUACUUCAAGUUGUUUUCUUUCAUUUGA